AUGAAGUUCUACACAAGUAUCUUCGCCGCGGCUGCUGCCCUUGCUAGCACUGCCGCUGCUAUUCCUCAAACCUUCAAAACCAGCACUCCUCAGCCAUGGGGUUUCUUCGUAAACAACACCAUCUACCAGACAACUAGCCAGGAGAGCAUCACCUACCCUCGCUACACUGAGUUGGCCGACGGAACCAUCCUCGCCACUGCGUCACUCAUCGGCCACACGCCUGGCUACUUUCCCGUCUUUGAGUCCAAGGAUGGUGGUGCUACAUGGAAGCACGUCUCCGACUUGCGCGACACAGUCAAUGGUUGGGGUAUGAAUGCUCAGCCCGCCCUGGCAGUCUUGUCGACGCCCAUGGGCGGUUACCCUGCUGGCACCAUUCUGGGUAGUGGUAACAGCUGGAGCAACAACGGAACCAGGAUCGAUCUUUAUGCCAGCAAAGACCAAGCCAGGACCUGGGAGUUUGUGAGCCACAUUGCCCAAGGUGGACCACCAAACACCACCAACGGAGCAACCCCCGUCUGGGAGCCAUACCUCCUGCAAUACCAGAACCAGCUCAUUGCCUACUACUCGGACCAGCGUGACCCUAAGCACGGCCAGAAGCUUGCUCACCAGACCUCUAAAGACCUCAAGACCUGGGGCCCCGUCGUCAACGACGUGGCUUACGACGAGUACAUUGCCCGCCCUGGUAUGACUGUCGUCGCCUUCAUCCCUCCCAUCAAGAAGUGGAUCCUCGUGCACGAGCUGCCCAUUGGCAACUCGUCAUCCUACGGCUCAAACUACCCCGUCUAUUACGUUCUCGCCGACUCACCUCUGGACUUCCGCAAGAGCGUCGGCCAGCCCAUUGUCAUCAACAAAUCGAGUGUUCCCAAUGCCAGCCCGUACGUCGUCUGGAGCCCCAUCGGCGGUCCCAACGGCACCAUUGUCGUGUCAGACGCAGACCGCAGACAGGUCUACACCAACACAUUCGGCGGUGAUGUGAACAAGUGGGAGGAGCAUGCCACGCCAGCUGGAGCCGUCUACUCGCGUGCUAUCCAGAUCUUCAAGAAGAGGCCGGACCACUUGAUGAUCUACGGCGGCGAGACAUUUGAUGGCUUGGGCAGCGGGGGUAAGAUUCCCUUCUCCGCGACCGUGGUCAACCUUCGCGACGUGCUCAAGGCGCCUCUGCAGGAUAACAAGGAGGCUACCAAGAAAAGGCGAGGCAGACCGCCGGGGAGCCGCAACUCGAUUGCUGGCUCCAAGUCAGUGCCAAAGCCAGCGGCGAAGCCAGCGACGAAGAAGGGCAUAGCAAAGAAGAGCAAGCCCCGCACAAAACAGCCACCACCAGAAGUCGAAGAUGAGCUAUCUAUAACCGAAGCUGCCCCAACGCAGUCGUCGAAACCUCGCAAGCGCAAAGUCGAUGACGCCGCCGCCGCCGCCACCGAACCCGAAGCCAAGUCGCACAAGCAAUACCUACGGCUGGAGGCAAAGUCCAAGAGAAUUACGCGAGAGCAGGUCGACCAGUGGCCAGAACGGGACGAGCGCAGGGUCAUGGCCGCAUACAACACGCUCAACCCGCUUGUGCGAAGACUAGCACGCCAGCUGGCGGAAUCGCGAAUGCCUCCCCAGGCCAAAGACAUACACUUCAACAUCGACAAGCUGACGGAGCGCAAUGCGCAAGUCUCACGAGAGGUUACGACGGCGCGGCAUUCGAAGCAGCUGCUAAGCGAACAGAUGAAGAUUGCGCAGCACCUGCUCGGCAAGGACGAGGAGUACUUGGAGCUGAUGAAGAGGAAUACGAAGACGUGGAGGACGGAAUGGAAGCACCAGCGGAAGCAUGGACGCCUGCACCCCCUGCUCCAGGCUGACGACGAUGCCCCUAUCGACGGCGACGGCCCUGAAGACAUCAACCUGAAACGAGCAGAGCCGGUUGAUGUUUCGCCGCUGGAUUCGCCCGACGACGAGGACCUCGAGCCUGUGCUCGAACAGCUGAGGCUUAGCCUGAAGAACAUGCAGGGUAAUCACGCGCAAGUCGAGGGUCUUGAUACGGCAGUGAGCGACGCGCAGGCAGCGCUGGACGACAUCCUAUUUCGGCAUGCCAGCGCCGCACAGUACACUAAGCUUGUAGACUAUUGAUAUGCAGGGUCAGCGCGGGAGCUUUGUUCUAGCCAUGGUGGUGCAAAUUGAGGCGCAUGGGGGGGGGGACACGAAUGGCGUUGAUGCAAUAUUGCAAGGCACAGGCUGUGUACAUAGAUACGUACAGGCUGGGCGCCAUCUACGCGAGAAAGGCCCGUAAGAGGCCGGCAUGGGGCAGGACGGAACUGCAAGACGGCAGACGGAGAGUGGGCGGCUUCUAUCCCCAUGCUCGAUCCCCCAGUUUUAGAAGUCUGGGUCCGAGUGAAUGGUCAUCGGAAUGCG